CGAAGGUUAUAUAACAUGGGUAAUCUUUCGAAAUUUUAUAAACGUUUUUCCCGUCGAGGAGUGCCUAAAAAUGUGUUUACGCAACCCAAUGGCGGUGUAUUUCUUGAUGUAAGCAACACUAGCAAGGAAGAUGCAAAUACCAAUAUGAAAUUACUUGAAGAGCAGUUUGACGAUGAAGAAAAUGAAGACAUGUUCACUGAAGAUAAUGAGGAUAAAAAACAAUGGCAUCAAAGUCAAUUAGAUAAAAAUGAACGUAUUAAAGGUAAAAAAAAUAUUAAACAAUGGGUUGAAACAGAAGAAGAUGAAGACCAAUGGGUUGAAGGCGAAGAUGGACAUCAGUGGGUUGAAGGUGAAGAUGGACAUCAGUGGGUUGAGGGUGAAGAAGAUGAAUAUCAAUUGGUUGAAGGUGAAGAAGAUGUACAACAGUUUGUUGAAGGUGAAGAAAAUGACCAAUGGGCUGAGGGUGAAAAAGAUGACCAACAAUGGGCUGAUGGUAAUGAAGACAGACAACAGUGGGUUGAAGGUGAAGGAGAUGAAGACAAAUGGGUUGAAAGCGAAGAUGGACAUCAGUGGGUUGAAGGUGAAGAUGGACAUCAGUGGGUUGAGGGUGAAAAAGAUGGGCAACAACGGGCUGAAGGUAAUGAAGACGGAGGGUGGGCUGAGGGUGAAAAAGAUGGGCAACAACGGGCUGAAGGUAAUGAAGACGGACAACAGUGGGUUGAAGGUGAAGACGGUGAAGAACAAUGGAUUAAAGGUGAAGAAGAUGAAAACAAAUGGGUUGAAGGUGAAGAAGAUGGAGAACAAUGGGUUGAAAGUGAAGAUGGACAACAGUGGUUUGAGGGUGAAGAAGAUAACGACAUAUGGGUGGAAGGUGAAGAAGAUGAAGACAAAUGGGUUGAAGGUAAAGAAGAAAAAUACCAAUGUGUUGAAGGUGAAGAAGAUGAAGACGAAUGGGUUGAAGGUGAAGAAGAAAAAUACCAAUGUGUUGAAGGUGAAGAAGAUGGAGAACAAUGGGUUGAAGGUGAAGAAGAAAAAGACCAAUGGGUUGAAGGUGAAGAAGAAAAAGACCAAUGGGAUGAAAAUGAAGAAGGUGAAGAAGAUGGAGAACAAUGGGUUGAAGGUGAAGAAGAAGAAGACCAAUGGGUAGAAGGUGAGGAAGAAGUACAACAAUGGGUUGAAGGUGAAGAAGAAAAAGACCAAUGGGAUGAAGGUGAAGAAGGUGAAGAAGAUGGAGAACAAUGGGUUGAAGGUGAAGAAGAAGAAGACCAAUGGGUAGAAGGUGAGGAAGAAGUACAACAAUGGGUUGAAGGUGAAGAAAAUGACCAAUGGGUUGAAGGUGAAAAAGGUAGACAACAAUGGGCUGGAGGUAAAGAGGAUGAAGAACAAUGGGUCGAAGUUAAGGAAGUUGAGCAGCUAUGUUUUGAAAAAGGAGAAGAUGAAGACCAAUUAGUUCAAGGUGAUGGAAUUAAACAACAAUGGCUUGAAAACAAGGAGAAUGGACAAAAAAAGGCUGAAGCUGAAAAAGAGGAAAAUCAAUGUGCUGUAAGUAAAGAUGUAAAACGAUGGGCUGAAAGUAAAGAGAAACAAGACCAGAAACAAGUGGAAAAUGAAGAUAAAGAAAUUAAACAAAGCAAAAAACAAUUAGUUGAAAACAUACAGAGUAAACACCAUCGGUUGGGAGGUAGAAAGAACGUGCCAUAUCAUGUUAGAAUUUCAAGUCCUGGCAUGGCACGCCCGCAUACUAAAACGGAAAACAAAAGUAGUAAUUUGAUGAAAGCACAGUCGAAAUGCAGAGGGAGUGUAACUAUAAAGGACAACAGCAUAUUUAAGGAGGUAAAAGAUCGAAUUACAACAACACCAGUGUUUCUUAAUAGCCCUAACAAUGACAUAAUGAAGCAAAGUGACUUAUAUUUCAAAAUUAUGAAGUUAAACAAAAACAAUGCAGUUGUUGGAGGAUGUGCAGAAUUUUUGUGUAAGCGUGAUACUACUCGGAUUGGAGAUACACCGCCUAGAGAUGGAAGCAAGACAGAGGUUCUCCCCGACGGACGAACCUUUGUUUUUAAGUUUAUGUCGUUACAGAAUUCGAUUAGAAGAGAUGAGGUACUUAACAUGUAUAAACAAACACACAAACAAACACAAACAUGCCAAAAGAAAAGAGCUAACAAAUCGACUGAAUAUGAUCCAAUAAAAAAAACGAAUUGUUCCACACAAACUAGAGAUUUUGAAAGAUCUCUCGAAUUGGUCAAAAACUUUGUGAGUCAUCAGACGACCCAAACAGCGAACGCAACAUCUCGGCUGCUGUAUGAAGACGAGUGCAAACUGUUGUUUAAUGUGCUUGGUCAAAAUAGUAAGGUACACAGUACUUUCUGA